AUGAGGGACUACGUUCAAAGGUUUUUGACUGGCUUCCGCAAAUCACCUCCAAGGAUUAUUGUCGAUUCUUCGUUGGGCAGCGUGUUUGCAAAUACCGUUAAGGAUGCGGGCGCUGGUUAUACUGGUACCCUUGAAAACCUCCGCCCUAAAGAUCUUGUUCACUUUGAGCUUAAUAGCAAGCUCGUGGAGAGUAUGAAGAGGAAUGACAGCAACUUCCUAGCCCCAUGGGAUCCUAAGGUGACUCACAAGCCAAGCGACUACGACAGAAAGAUCCAGCUGCAGGAUGACCGUUGGCAAACUCUACGGUUUGUCGCCUCGAUCACCUGGUUCCACGAGUUUUGCCACGCCUUUGUGACUUUCUUGGCUGGGAACAACUACGCCGAUACCCCGCCUGGCGUCACCAAUGCAGCCUUCCAAGAUCCCGAAGAUACUGCAGGAGAAAGCGGGUUCUGGACUGAAACACGAGCGUUCGCUGGAUGUGCAUUGAUGGAUCCAUCCACCCCUAACGGCGAUCCUGAAGAGGCUGUGAGGGUAUACCUCGUCAACGACAAUGAUGAUUGCCGAGACGUCAAUACGAGAACAAUGAGGGAGAUGAUGACACACCCGAAAAGUAUGUGA